CAUGAACAAUGUAUAUUUUUACACAGCACAAACACUAUAGCUGACCAGUUAACAGAAGAACAAAUUGCUGAGUUCAAAGAGGCCUUUCCCCUUUUCGAGAAGGAUGGAGAUGGCACUAUUACCACAAAAGAGCUGGGUACGGUGAUGAGAUCACUUAUGCAGAAUCCAACUGAAGUUGAACUACACGAUAUGAUCAAUGAGGUGGAUGCUGAUGGAAAUGGAACAAUUGAUUUCCCGGAGUUUCUCACGAUGAUGGCAAGAAAAAUGAAAGACACAGAUAGUGAAGAAGAAAUUAGGGAAGCUUUCAGAGUCUUUGACAAGGAUGGAAAUGGCUACAUUAGUGCAGCAGAGCUGCACCACGUCAUCACCAAUUUGGGGGAGAAGCUAACAGAUGAAGAAGUGGAUGAAAUGAUCAGAGAAGCAGAUAUAGAUGGUGAUGGACAGGUCAACUAGGAAGAGUUUGUACAGAUGAGGACUGCAAAGGGAAAUGGCUUCAAACUGUCCCCAGAUUGCACUGUAAAAAUUAAAAAAAAAGAAAA